AUGGCCUGCCGCACGCUGGCCUGGUUCCGCAACGAAAUCGCCGUCCAUCACCGUUUCUCGAGACCAUUCUCAGGCCAGUACGGUCCUGCGUUCGUGGCCGCGUGCGCCAAGCUCUUGCAGACCGGCCCCACCGCAGACAGCAACCAAAUUCAGUUGCAAACCGACCUCUUGAUGCUCCUCGCCUUAGUGCUGGAGGGCGACUGUGAUGUGUUUGGCACGCUCCCUCCGCGCAGGAUCAUCGCUUUCGCUUCGUCAUUGCUCUCGUGGGAGUUGAAGGAAGAGGCAAAGAAAAAGAAAAAGAAGAGCGAGGACGAAGGCUCGAUCGAUAUACCUUCGAGCCACUUCGCAGUGUCGGAGCUGCUGCACCAUUUGCUGUCCACGUCCGUGAUCACCGCGUCGUGCCUGCCCAGCUUGCCCGACUCUCCACUCAUGGAGGAAUUAGCCAUCGAGGAGUUAAUCACUCGAUCGCUUACCUCUACAUCCCGGAGCCAACAGCGCCCUGGCACCGCGCAAGUCUUUGGACAGUAUUAA